UAAAAAUAGCGGUAUUUGUUUGACCAUAGACUACUAGGUAACCAGUUUAGUUUUGCUUGUCAAACCAUACUUGCUAUUGUAUAAAGAAUGGCUCAACCUGAAGUUACAAUCCAACAAGGAACCCUGCGUGGUUCUACAGCUACUGAUCUCCGUGGCAACCCCUUCCUGAAAUUCCAGGGUAUUCCAUAUGCCAAACCACCACUGGGCCAUCUUAGAUUCAAGGCCCCCGUUCCUCCCGAAAAAUGGACCGGAGUUUUCGACGCCACCAAAGAAGGCAGUAUUUGCUACCACCGAGACGUUAUCAAAAAAGGCAUUCUCAUCGGAACCGAAAACUGCUUAGUUCUGAACGUCUACACGAAAAAACUCCCCAAAGAUGAGAAAGAUCUGCGUCCGGUUAUGUUCUGGAUCCACGGUGGAGGGUUCAUUUGGGGACACGGCGGCGAAGACCUCUACGGUGCCGAUUAUCUUAUUACCGAAGACGUGGUUGUGGUUACCAUCAAUUAUCGUCUUGGUCUUUUCGGGUUUGUCAGUUUUGACGAUCCGUCUUUGGAAGUACCAGGGAACGCCGGUUUGAAAGACCAAGUCAUGGCUUUGAGAUGGGUUCAGAAGAAUAUUGACAAGUUUGGUGGGGAUCGUAAUAAUGUUACGAUCUUUGGUGAGAGUGCUGGUGGUGCUUCGGUGCAUUUGAUGGUACUGUCGCCUCUAGCGAAAGGGCUUUUCCAUAAAGCUAUAGCCCAGAGUGGGUGUGCUUUAAGUACUUGGGUUCGAGCGAGCAAAGGGGUGAAACGUGUGGCUGAAGUAAUGGGGCUUGAAGGGGCAGAAGAUAGGACCGUCUUUGACGCUCUAGCGAAGAAGUCAACCGAAGAGGUUUUAGAAAUUCAAGAAAAAAUGGAAGAGGAAAUAAAACCGUACAAACCUAGAUACGUAGGCUUAGUCGUUGAAACAAACUCCAAAGAACCGUUCAUGAUUGAAGAACCCAUUAAAAUUAUGUUAUCUGGACACUUCAACCAGGUACCAUUUUUGAUAGGGUACAAUACUUUAGAAGGUGCUGUUGUUGACCUGUUGAAAAAGCCCGGACAACCUGAGGCCCCAGAUUUCGAGCAACUUAUUCCUUGGUCAUUUGGUUACGAAGUGGGUUCUGCUGAAUCUAAAGCCGUGGCUGCAAAAUUGCAGAAAUUUUACUUUGGGGACGAAGACUAUUCUCAGCAGCUAUUAAGAAAAAAAUACGACGUUUUGUCUGAUAGUUACUUCAUUUUUGAUAUUUACGUUACAAUAAUGACUCAAUUCGCCAUUUCAAAGGCACCCAUUUAUCUGUACAGGAUGGCCGUCGAGACCGAGCUGAACUUCUAUAAAGUACUUCUAAACAUUCAAAUGCCUGGUGUUUGUCAUUGUGAUGAUGUUGGAUACCUUUUCAAGCAUUCUACCACUCCAGAAAUAGUACCAGGUAGUGUUGAAGACCUCUGUCUGACUAGGUUUGUUAAGUUGUGGACCAAUUUUGCCAAAUUUGGAAAUCCGACUCCUGAUAAGAAUGACGAUUUGCUUAAAGUUGUGUGGAAGCCUGUAAGGAACGAUAGUGUUGAUUUUCUUGAAAUUGGGAAAGAAUUAGAAGCCAAGUCGAAUCCGGUGACUGAAAGACUACUGCUCUGGAAGCAGGUGUUUGCUGAAAGUUCAGCUGGAAGGAAACAAAAUGUUGCUAUGUAUUUGAAGGGUUCCAAAUAAAUAUUUUUCAAUAUA